CAACUUGCAUUUUGGCAUUUUGAUAAUGGAAAAAAAUAAAAAUAUUCAAUAUGGCCGUUGAUCAUAGGACGUGCGCUGUCAGCUGUAGUAUUUUUUAUUUCUUUGUAUUUAUUACGCCUAAAAAUGUUGUGAUUGUUAUAAAAAAGUGAACAUGGGUGUGAAAGAUUCUAAACCAAGUUUUAUUUCGUACGACGAUGCAGCAAAGCGAGUGUCUGAUAGUGAGUUAAGGCGUAUACGUGAGGCGUUUAAGAGAUGUGCUGGGGCGAAUGGUUCGGCCUUGAGUUUGGAUGCUUUCGUCCAUGAAGUGUUGUGUGAUGGAGUCCCGCACGAAGUUUCCGAGUGGUUGUAUCAGGCUUGUGGUGGAACCAAGCGGGGCAUCACGUUCAAGGACUUGCUCUGCGGUGUCGUUGUUCUCACGAAAGGCAAUAUUGAGGAGAAAAUAAAGUUCCUCUGGACAUUAUAUGUCAACAAUCAAAGUGAUAAUGGCACAUACAUAUACAAGAGAGAUUUUGCACGAGCUUUACACUUGGAGAAUACAUCCCUACAUGUAACAGAAGCUCACCGUACCAUAGAAAUAUUAACAAGUUUGUUUGGAAGUGGAGAACGAGUCACAUUUGAUCAGUUCCGAUCAUGGCUACUCAUACACAAGGAUGCUACAGUGCUUUCUAAGUGGCUGCUCUGUGAUAAAGGCAAUGUGGCUCAGGACUUGGAGACGCCUACGUUUUACCAGAGCCUUGCUGGAGUCACACAUUUAGAGGAAAGGGAUAUAAUAGAGUUAGAGAAAUGCUUCUGGUCCCUUCGGAAUGCGGCGCCAACCGGGGAGCUGGAUGCGACCAGCAUGCGUGGUCUCCUGUCGCCACCCCUGCCUCGAGCCGCCUUCGAAGGCACGUUCCUCGCCUUUGACGAGAACAGGGACGGCCACAUCGAUUUCAAGGAGCUAUGCUGUGGACUAAGCGCCGCUUGCAGAGGACCUACCACUGAAAGGCUCAAAUUUUGCUUUAAAAUCUUCGAUCUCGAUCGAGAUGGUAUCCUCAAUAAGAAAGAGCUCAUCGACAUGGUCGGAAUCCUCUGCACCGUUGCCAACGAAGCUCUCAAGAACCAGGGUUCCCGGAGCUCCACGCCUUCUGAUGGGGAAUCUGAGAGCGACAAGUGCUUUGACCCUGAAGUCAUACUGCUGAACUUGAGGGAUAAACUUAUCACAAUCCCAAGCGAAGGAAGGAAACCUAUGUUCCGUCUAGGAUCAACGACUGAUGAUAUCGUCAUGCUCAAUGAGCAGACACCAGAAGAAGUAAAAGAAGAUGAAGGUAUUAUCGGGGCUGAGAUGGCGCUGCGUCUAGAGGAGUUCCUGAUAUGGAGCGUAGAAGUAGCGGAAGCAUUAGUUUCCCCUUUCCUGGAGCUGCUAUUUGAUGUGUGUCAUGUAGUACUAGGCCUGAGACCACAAUGCAGGCAUCGCGAACGAGAUAUUGUGUUGGGUUGGGUACGACGCGAGACCUGCCGUGGUCUAGCCGUGGGGCAGUUCUGGUACCUAGUGUCGGCGGAGUGGUGGAGUGCGUGGCUUAUAUACUCGUCUGCACCCCCCCACUCCUGCUGCCGAGCCACGCGGCCCCAUCUAGAUGACGCUGUUGUGUGUGAUGACAGCUUUACUACCAAUUCUACGGAAUCAAUGGGCUCGUUACUAUGGCGAGCGGAGAGCAGUUCACUAGGCAGUGCGGGCGGCAGCAGCGGAGUGAGCAGCGGCAUAGGCCGGGGCCCCCCGCACCCAGGCGCCGUGGACAAUUCCCGGCUGCUGGCCCCCGGCGCGGCGCCCGCGAGGACGUUGACCGGGGAAGGCGGCCAUUUACGAAAAGACAUCACGCUAGCUCAGCAUAGAGACUUCGAGCUAGUUCCCGAUGCAUUGUGGCGCGCUUUAGCCCUAUGGUAUGGUGCCCCCGACCCGCUUCCCAGACAGGUUAUAAGACCUCCAAACUCGGAUGUCGAAUUGGAACUGUACCCGCUACAGUUGAAGAUUUUGCGACAUGCCCCUAGUCCACAAAGAACAACGUCUCUCAGCGCGAUAGGCGCUAUGGGUGGCGCGGGCGUGGGCAGCGUGGGCACUCUGUGCGCACCUUCACCGCCGGAGAGACAACUCGCCUACACGGCCGCCUUCUCCAGACUCGCCACUGUAAGACAGGUGACUGAGUUCCUGUGUGGUGCGUUGGGACUAGCACGCGAAGAUGUCCGUUUGUGGGCGCUCGGGAACAACGCAGGGAGCGGCUGCGGAAGCGCUGCGUUGCUUUUGGACGAUGAACGGCCAACGCUUCAAGCGCUGCGUCUGGACGAACGGACAAGGCUACUGCUUGAAGUGAGGAAUCCGGAUCUAACAUGGCCUGAAGAAAUCGGUGCUUUGGGCGCGAGUACGGGUGUGGGCAGCAGUCGCUGGGCCGAGCGGCGCGAGACGCUGACCGCGCCGCAGAUGGCCGGCGCCACGGGGCUCCACAACCUCGGCAACACUUGCUACAUGAACGCUGCUCUGCAGAGCGUAUGGAACACGGGUCCGCUCACUCAGUAUUUUAACUCCGGUAUGCACAUGUAUGAAGUGAACACAAGCAACCCUCUCGGAACUAAAGGCGUGUUGGCGGUUCGGUAUGGCGAGCUAUGUAAAGAGGUAUGGUCGUGCAGCGCACGAUCGGUAGCGCCGUUACGCGUGCGCUGGUGCGUGUCCAGACACGCACGUGCGUUGGCUGGCGGUGGGCAACACGACGCGCAAGAGUUGCUAGCGUGGCUGCUGGACGCGCUACACGAAGACCUCAACAGAGCCGCCCCUCCGCCUCGCUCGCCGCUCCCGGCUGCCUCCGACUCCGACAGCCGCCCUGACCAGGUGGUGGCAGCGGAAGCGUGGGCAGCGUACGCGGCUCGCAACGACUCCAUAAUGACGGAACUGUUCUACGGGCAGCUCAAGUCUAAAGUACGGUGCUGUUCGUGCGGCCGCGAGUCCGUGCGGUUUGACACGUUCAACAUGCUCAGUUUGCCGCUACCUAUGGAGUCCUAUGUACGCGCCACAGUCAGGGUGAUACUGUUGGACGGGUCGGUUCCGGUGAAGUAUGGUGUGAGGAUUAACUCCGAAGGCACAUAUUUGGACUUGAAGAAGAAUUUAUCGGAAUUGUGCGGCUUAUCACCUGAGCUAAUGCUGCUUGUACUACUAUCGGGCGCAACUAUAGGACGCGUUCUAGAAGACGGGGCAAAAGUAUCUCCUAAUACUGCGCAGGAACUUUUUGUGUAUGAGCUACCUGCGCCCGAUACAGAUUCCAGUGAUGGGGAAGACUCACUGCCAACAUUGGAUUACACCAACGAGCUGGAGGAGACGGACUCGGGCGUGACGGAGGGCUCGGGCUCGGGCUUGGCGGACGGAGCGGCGAGCGGCUCGCCGGACGGCGGCGAGGUGAGUGUGGCGCGCGCCGCCUCCUCCUCGCUCUGCAUGCCUGCACUCUUCUGCUUUAAGCAGUCGCGUUCGGAAAUUCUUAUGUCCCAGAGUCCACCGACCGCAGCCUAUGGGGAGCGCCAUACUUUACCUCGAGGAACUCGGCCCAAUCACUCCCCCACACCGAGUGUGCGCUCACUCAACGUGGUGCGCAACACGCCGCGCUUCGCGAGCGUCAAGUUUGCGUCCUCACCCGCCCACAUGUAUAGGUUGAACCACUUCAGCGACUCGUCGUACUACGAUAACGCGCAUUACCUGAUCGCAGUGCAUAGGAAACAAGUGGCAGGAGAAGCGUACCUGGUGCCGUGGCAGCGCGCGCGGCUCGCUCUGUUCGGAGUGCCGCUCGUGGUGCGCGCCGCGCCCGGCGCGUCUGGCCGCGAGCUGUACGCGCGCGUGUGGACGCACGUCGCGCGCCUGCUGUCCGCGAGACCCGCCACCCGCGCUAACCAUGCCGCUGAUUGUGAUGACAGCCUGGGCUACGAGUUUCCGUUCACGUUGCGCGUAGUGGCCGGCGACGGGCUGUGGUGUGCGCUGUGCGCCUGGCCGGCUCUCUGCCGCGGUUGCGCGCUGCCCACCGACGACGCGCCGCUCGUCGCUUGCAAUGGCACAGUGCGAGCGCGGCGGAGGUCGGCCGGCGCUCGGCCCGACAUACCCGACACCAACUCUCCUAUCGCAAAGGCUAAACUCUACAGGCAGACUAGUGCUCGUCUCACCGACGCUGAGAACGACAAUCGCGUCGGCGGCGGUGAAGUACGAAGGUUAGACAUAACGGCGUUGCGCAACGUGCGCGGACGGGUCAUGCUCGCUAUCGACUGGGACCCCACGGCGCUGCAUCUGCGAUACCAGACCACUCGAGAAAAGGCGUGGAUAGAACACGGGUCGGUGGCUGAGUGCGAAGCGGCAACGUCCAGGCCCAUCGACCUGGGCAGCUGUCUGCGCGCCUUCACCUCUGAGGAACGGCUGGAGCAACGGUACCACUGUGCUGCGUGUCGAAGUGCGCAACCCGCCACCAAGAAACUACAGAUAUGGAGGCUUCCACCCAUCAUUAUAAUCCAUUUGAAACGUUUCCAAUACGUGAACAACAAAUGGAUAAAAUCACACAAAGUAGUCAAUUUCCCAUUCCAAGACUUCGAUCCGACGCCGUACCUCGCCUCCGUACCUCAAGAAACUAUACUCAGGCAUACAGAAUUAAAAAACUUGAACAAACGGCGCUCCUCAAUGUUUGUUGAUGUCGAUGAUCAUAUAUCAGAAAGCGAUACGGAGAAUUCUGAUGACGAUGCGUUGAGAACUAACGAUGCACCGUCCAACGACUCAUCGAAACGGAAAAGCAAGUACGAAAAAAAGAAAAGAGAGUCAAUGGAAGUGAAAGGCAGACAGAGGUUGGAGUCGACGAGUUUGACGGCAACUCCUGUGCUGGAUGACAAUCUGGUGGAUUACCAUCAGCAUCAUUUGAAGCCUGAUCAGGAUACCUUCGACUUGAAGUAUAGAUUGUAUGCUGUUGUGUCGCACUCGGGGCAGCUAAGUGGGGGUCACUACGUGGCAUACGCACGCAAUCCCUCAGGCGCCUGGUUGUGCUACAACGACAGCUCGUGUCGAGAGCUGCCCGCGCGGCCCCAGCCGCCCCUCGACCCCGCGGCCGCAUACCUUCUGUUCUACGAGAGAAAAGGACUCCGGUACGACGCGUACUUGCCCGAUACGAGGGGGCAACCCCCGCCACAGCCGCCCGACCUACUCGACCCGGAUGAUGCGGACCUAGGGAAAAUGUGUGUUAUCUCUUAGUGCGGGAACAUGUAAAAAUAUUUGUUGUGUAAAAUUAGUGCAAGGAUAACAAUAACUUUCUGUUCACGAGGGAAAGUGGAGAAAGAUACGACGCGUACUUGCCAGAACCAAGGGCGUAACCUACGCCGCAGCCGCCUGACUUACGCGACCCUGAUGAUACGGAUCUAGUGAAAAUGUGCUCAUAGUAAUGCUCUUAGUGCUGGAAUGUGUAAUAAUAUUUGUUGUGUAAAAUUAGUGCAAGGAUAACAAUAACCUACGAAAAAAAAAGAGCAUCCAUACGACGCGUACUUGCCCGAUACAAGGGGGCAAUCCCCACCACAGGCGCCCAACAUGAUCCUGGUGAUAGGGACCUAGGGAAAAAUCUUCUGUUACAAAACAAAACGUUAAGAUACUAGGCGUAUACAACAACCACAAACGACACAAGUGAUUCGAUUCUAUACAGAAACGUGGAACUUGAGAAAAUGUGUGAAAUCAUCACUUACAUUCCAUUCGAGAGAAAAAGAUAAACUGCGUGUUUAUCCAACACGAGAGGACGUGAUAGUAUCCGUGGUAUCCGUAUCUGAAGACACAAGUUUGUGAUAAAUAGAUUAGCCUCCAAACCAAAUGCUAACAAGAGUCAGUCAGACUACAGCAAAAUAUACGCGUUACGAGACUGCAGCCUAAAAUCAGGAUAAUAAAAGAUAGUGCCAUGUCCCUGACACCACCAACUAGGCAACUUGUACUUGUACAGUAUGCCUUCUUUAUGUAAAUGUCUCAAAACUGUAAAUAAUUUAUCAAUACCAAUGUGUUUGAAUAAUGGGGAUCCACAGGCAAAACGUACCUCAGAGUGGGCCACAAGAGGUCCAGCCAAUGUCAAUAUCAGUGUUUGUUUUGUUGUUGUUUGCUUGCUUUGCUAAGAACUGUUGAUAUCAAUACAAUAUACAAUUGUUUCGUGAAUUACUUAAAGAUGUAUGGUGCCUCGUACAAUUAAAAUUAUGGCGUUUGGCUGCUCAGUAUGGCCGGUUGCACAGAUGGUAUACUAACUAUGGCCGGUUGGGCUGGUUCGCUUAUACGCCACCUGUCAGUGUAAAUUGACAGUCUGGAUCCCCAUUAUGCGUGUAUUAUAUGCAAAUAUAUGUAGUUAUAAUAUAAUAUGUAUAAACUCAUACUGAUAUUACUUUUCUUAAUAAUAAAAAUAAUAUAUUCUCUAUGAAUAAAUUGUUUCCAAGAACUUCUAAGUCUUAUGUAAUGUCAUCCAUUCCGUCUCAAAUAGAUCUCAUAUCUUUGAUACAAACUAUGAAAUUUCCUGACACUAAUUCUAAAUAGGAAUAAAUUAUUGAAGUUAUUCACUUAAUUUACAAAAACUUUUUGGUCAGAGAAAAAUAUGGUUAUAAAAUCAUAAAAAUAUUAGUACCUAACUAAUUAUGGCCUAGAUAAUAGUAUAUUUUUGAAUUUCAAAUUGUAAAUAGCAUUUUUAGCUGCUUGCCUUACAUAAAAAAAUAAUGCUUUUACUAGAUGAUACCCGCGACUUUGUCCGCAUGGAUUAAGGUUUUUAAAAAUCCCAUGGGGAUUGUUUGUUUUCAGAGAUAAAUAUAGGCCUAGAUCAAUCCCUGGGAUGCAAGCUAUGUCUGUAGCUUUCAUAAAAAUUGCUUAAACGGAUGGACCAUGAAAAACUAGCAGACAGACAGACACAUUCACACUUUCGCAUUUAUAAUAUUAGUAUGGGUUUAAAAAGACUAAAAAAUUGUAUUCUUACUUAAAUAAAUCAUUCCUUCUUUGUUAGGUCUGGAUGUUUUGAAAAUAUGUUUUGUUGAUAGAAAGUAAUCCAGUUUUCAAAGAUUAUCCUUAUGAAGAACUCUAAUUUUAGUAAAACAACAAUGCGUUUGAAUUUUUAUUUGUUGUUUUUUUUUUAAACUAUUAUUUUUAUGUUCAAUUAAAAGCUACUGAAAACCUUAUGAAUAUAACACUUGUCUGAUUGUUUAGUUAUUUAUGGAGACUGAUGUGAUUUUAAAUAGAAUAUUAUGAAAUCCAUAAGAAUAUGGGCGUACAACAUUAAUCUUAUUUCAAUGUAUUUAUGUAAUAAUAUAAGAAGUUAUAUUAAUUUUAAUGUCUCAUAUACUUUGUUAGCAGCAAUGCUUUGACCAUUAUUUAAUACAAUUAAAAUAAGGGGCCAUCUAUUUCUUAACCGUUUUUUAAGGACUUACCUCUCACUCAACAUUAAUGUAAUCAAGCGUGAGUUAUCUAUAAAAUGAAUAAAAUUAACUUAAUAUAUUUUUUGAAUGUUCAAUGAUCAUAUUUUCAUUGUACUUAUCGAAAGAUUAAAAUUGAGACAACAGAGACACAAAUUGAUCACAAAUAAAAUAUUUUCAAUACUUACUUAAUAAUUGUUUCCUAUAGUUUAUAAUAGUUUCCGUUAGUUCUUCUGUAUCUCCUUUAGUUUCAUAUUUCUGUACAAUGUUCCAAUUGCAAAAAAACCCUGCCUCGUUACAGUGAUUUGGAUGAUAUUUUUGUUUUAUAAUUUUUAUAUUUAAGUAUUUUUAACAUUUGUGAAAAUCUGUAUUAUUACUUUCUGAAUAAAAAUAUUGCAAAAAUAAAUAAAAGAAAAUUAACUUUUCCAAAAAUAUCACUAGCACAGCUGCUGAACAUACCUAGCAUUGAACAAAUAACCAUAAGACAUAAUAUGUUAUAUAAAAACUAUGUUAUCGUUAAUUAUUUUACUAAUAAAUUAUGAUCAGUGUACCUAGUUGUUUGUAUGUCAUAAUAUAUAAUUCUAUCAUUUAAUGUUGUGUAUAUUCACUUAUCACAUUUAAAGAAAAGAUAAUGGAAGUCAUUAAAUUAAGCCUAAGUGAACUCAAAACUGAUAUUUUAAUAUUAUUAAUUAGAAUAAUUCGGUUAAUGCAAUGUUUAUUUUUUGAUUCGCUCCACAGGUUUCAGCCUAUGAUUUUACCGGACUUAGGAUAGGAACGGUUGUGUUUAACAGUCUACCUAUUCUACUAUUCUAUCAUAAAGUAUGUACUUACUUAUAUUUAAUUAAGUAUAUACAUUUGCUAGAAAAUGACAGUUGAUCCAGUCGAAAAAUUAUAAGUAGGUAAUUCAUAUGUAUAUUACGAAAAUAAGAACCAUUCGUGCGUCGUCGUGUAUAUUGUUAGUUGUCUCAAAAACUAGCAUCCGCCAAAUAUGCUGGGUAAGGCCUAUUAUAUUAUUAUUUAAAGUGUAUAAAGUGAAUCCCAUCUCCUAAUUUACAGAUUUUAUAUUCUAAACUAUCAUUAAUGAAGUGUAUUGGCACAAAAUUGUCAUGUAUCCUAAUUAUCCAUUAAACACAUAUUUUUCAUAAGAUACAUGUUCAAAAGUAUUAGCGCUUUAAUAUUCUAUCUAAUUAAUGAUUAUAUUAUUUUACUGUUAUCAAUUUCAAAUAGUAAGUAUGAGUUAAUUACCCUGUGCAAUAAAUAUUAUUAUUUUG